AUGUGUGGCCAGGAUCGGCCUUCGGGGACACGGUAUCGCACGCUGGACUGCUUCAAGCCUGUCGACAAGUCUGUCGCGAAAAAGGGUGACCUGAUAGUGGAAGAGUUUCCGAUUUCCUUCGAUGGCUACAAGUACAUCUACGGGCGCAUCGCUUACCUGCAUGGAAGUGCGCCAGCUCCAGUCAUCCUCGUUCACCACAACUACGCAGGAUUGAAGCAGUUUGACAUUGACCAGGCAUGCUACCUGGCGAAGGUUGGCUACGUUGGCUUGGCAGUGGACUUGUACAAGGAGACAAAGGCCUACACCUACGAAGAUCGGAACAUUAACUAUGGCCGCCCAGUGGACCUCGAGGGCUUUUGCGCGGUAGCCCGCGCAGAGAAUCCCAUGGAACGGCCGAACUCGGAGUACUCGGAUGAGGAACUCCACUUCUUCUGGCACAACACACCCAAAGACAAGGAUGGCAAGGUGCAGUGGCAGGGCGUUCGUCACUUCCUCGGGGCCUUCCGCCAGAUGAUGUUGCUUCUACGAGCGCCAGGCAAGUGGCGGGACCUCAUGGAUGCAUUUCUGCAGAAGGCCUUCGCCCAUCCAGCUGUUAAGAGUGGCUGCGCUGGGGCCAUCGGCUACUGCUUGGGCGGCCAGAGCUGUUUGGAGCAGGUCCGUGCUGGGCAUCAAAUCCAGGCCAUGGUCAGCUUCCACGGAUUGCUGCACUCAAGGCCAAUGACAGAAGCCGAACCCUUCAACUCGAUGAAGCGCAUCUCGAAGGAGGAGUACGCCAAGGAAUUGGCGGUCCCCAACAAGUACAACACGGCCACCCGCGUUCUAAUCCAGAAUGGCGCGCAUGAUGGAGAGGUGCCCCAAGAUACCAUUGUCGACUUUGUGGACGAAAUGGAUGCGCAGGGCAUCGACUGGCGUUUCGAGAACCAUGCCCGUGGCCCUCAUGGCUUUGCUCUGCCUAAAGGUUCCCCAGGCGGAGACCACUACACAGAGUGGAUCGACCGCCGUUCGACGCUGGCGACGCUUGGCCUCAAUCCUUACACUAGUCACUUACGGGAGAUGGCCGGCCUCCACAUCUCAUAG